GCGUGCACUUGAGCUGAUCAGAGUGAUAUUUGAGCUACUUUUGGCAUCAAAGGAAGAUAGCUUCAUGGUCCCGGCAGCUGCAGCUUAUGCCAUGGUCUUUGCUGCUCACCAUGAACAAUCAAUCAAGAAUGCAGUGUCUGAGGCAAUGUAUGACCUCCCUACAAGAUCACAGCUCUUACAUAUGGUAAACGAAGAAGAGGAAUCAGCUCAAGUCCAGCAGAAGAAAUACGUUGAUGCAUCUACUAUCGUGACUCGCUAUCUUGACGAGCAGUUCACCAGCAAAGGAUUGGGCACAAACUGGUGAGUGGUGAAGAAGGGUGCUUGGUUCGGUGUCGCAAAUCAUUCUGGCCUGAUGUUUUAAAACUGGGCCCUCCCCAUGGUGUUAUCUUUAGUGCCAUCUUUCAUACAUGCAGAUGAGCAAUACUUGGAUGUUUGUACUGCAGCUUGUUUAGUUACUGUUAAUUUCUAAAGCAGCAUCUUCUCUAUUGCUUC